GGCAACACGGUGACAUUAUUAUAAAUAUUGGUUUAUAUCUAUACACAAGACGAACGAAAAAUAUUGUGGAGACAUCAGUUAUUUCUUAUUUUUUGCUGGAAGCUGUUGUAUUUUUUGUGUUCGUUUUACGAGACUUAGUUAUAUAGCGGGCGUUAUUAUGCACUAUUGCUAUUUAUAAUUUAAAUUUGUUUCCAAAGUCAAUAAAAUAAAUUUGGACAUAAAAAGUCGUUAAUAUAAAAAAUAAUAUUAUACUGAUUAGGUAUUAUUGUUCUUCAUUUAGAAAUGUCACACGCUAUAUUAAGGGGGUGCCCAACGGAAGCUCAGCUGUAUUUAGAUACAAUAAUAGAUGCCACAAGGGAAAGUUUAAAGAAUGGUAAUAAUAAAAAAGAAAGGUCUCAAGUUAAUUUAGGUGAGAUCAUAUAUUAUUCGAUGAAAAGAAAUUUAGAUGGCAUUUUCAUGAUAAACGGUGCCAGCGGUGAAACAAUAUCUAACCGUCAAAUACUUAGUACAGCGCUGCCUUUAGCUCUCGCUAUAUCAUCAAAUUAUGAAGCAGGCACUGUUAUCAUGUUACUUAUGAGGAACCAUCAGUACAUGGCGGCUACGUAUUACGCAUCCAUCUUUGCAAAUGUUGUGCCGCUGCUUGUUGAUCCAAAUUCUACGGCAUAUGAACUACGCCAUUUUCUUAAUUUGGUUUCUCCUUCUGCGGUAUUUUGUGAUCACGAUCUAUACGAUGACGUCAAGAAUGCACUAAACGAUCUGAUGAAUACCCAAAUAAAAACGAUUAUAUCUGAUGACUCUGAAAGAUUGGAGGAAUUUUUUAAAGGACAUAUCACAAAUCUAGAUAACUGUCUAGGUCACAGAAUUUCACAGGCAACACCUAAAACAGAUGUUCUACUAAUUCCUACCAGUGGAUCGACUGGCCUUUCUAAGGCUACAAUCUUGACACACGGGGGUGUUGUAGCCCAACUACCGGUCAUAUGGGCAUAUCACAAUAGUUUUCCGAGGCCGGAAAAAUUGGCUCUACUUCUUUCAUCAGCUCAAUGGAUGACGUACACUAUUCUGAUGACUACUUGCCCUGUAUAUGGAGUCAGCCUGUUGAUGACACCUAAGAAACCUACUACAGAGCAUGUACUUCAAAUAAUAGAUACGUAUCGGCCAACAUGGGGAUUACUUGGACCGACCUUCGCCAAAAGCUUGGCUGCAUCAGCGGUUCCUAGCCAGUUAAGUUCUAUCGGGACUAUAGUAACAGCAGGUGCUCCUCUUACUGAAAAUAUUGUUACGUUGCUAAAGGAGAAACUUUCGCAGUCAGCUUCUUUGAGAAAUGGAAUAGGCAUGACUGAAACCCAGAGUUUUAUAGCAAUAUCUGAUAAUGAUAGGCAGUGGACAACUAACGGGAAAAUCGUAAACAUAAUGUUGUAUAAGGCAAGUAACAUAAUGUUGUAAUAUGCUACUCGUAUGUUCAAUAAAAUUGUUGAAGAUGAAUCUCGUAAAACACUCAAUAUGGUCACAAGUGAUAAUAUUUGAUUCUUUAUU